CAUCUUCCCUCUGAUACCCGGUUAUUUUCUAAUCCAAGUGUCGGCGCCAUUGUGUUAGGCAUCUGGUCGUCUCGGUUAUAAUUUAUAAUGUUAUUUUUGGGAUUGUGUAAACACUUUAUUCGUGCCAAUGUAUUUAAUUGGAAACCGUACUUGAAUAAAGGCAAUGGCCCGUUAAAAUGGCAAUAUUUUAAUAUAAAAACAAGUAUCGCAAAUGUAACAGCAAGGUCUGUUUUUGUACAAUGUAGAAACUUUACAACUGAACCAGAGCCAAGAACAGAAUUGCGGUAUCUUGUUGAAGAACCUGCGAUUACGCUUCCAAAUGUUUUUUACGCUCUUCGGAAUUUACUUCUCACUCACUUUAUUAUCAAACCAUUCAUGGACAAGGAUUUUAACAUACAAGACUUCAAGAAUGGAGCGAUUGAAGCAGUGUGUAUUGUAUCCAAUGCUUUGGCAAAUGGGAAUUAUGGACAAUUACAUGGGCUUGUAGAAGAAGGUGUUAUUCAAACUUUGAAACCCAAAAUUGAAUCGUUAUCAAUGCACCAAAGAAAACAAAUCGAAGUGAUGAAAGACCAUCUUGGUCCUACAUUUCUGCAUCAAAUUGGGAUCAUAUCGAAAGAACGGACAGGUACUCCUCAACGAUUUAUUGAAAUCACGAUGGUUCACAUUUACCUCCCAAGUAGUUUAAAGUUACCAUUAAUGAUCACAGAAAUGGUUGAACCGUUUAUUGCUAACUAUAGAUUUAUUCGUGAAGUAAAAAAAGAUGGUGAUUCAUAUUGGAUGAUUAAUGCUAUUAAUCACUUCAGAAGUAAUGCAUUUUAGGCAUUCUAUAAAAUUCUGUUAAAGAAUGUAUGUUAUACUUGUAAAUAAAUAUUGCAGACUGACCACGUCCAUGUCGUACUCCUGAAUCCAGUAAAUUGCAUGUCUCCAUCGCAUUAAUCAAUAUGCAGAUUCAAUUCUGAGCAUCUCGAUCGACACUUAAAUUCGGAUUUACUGGAUUUAGAUCCGAUAAAUCGGAUUUUGAGUACAAUGAAGAUAUAGUCAUUGUUGACGUUGAAGACUCAAGGUACCAAAAUAUUAAAGAGGUUCACAGUGGAAGUAUUGAAACAUAAAAGUUUGAAAAUAAUUUAUAAAGCAAUGGUACUAAGUAAAGAAAUUAAUCCAA